UUGCAACCAACUCAUGAAUUUUCUUUGUUGGGUGUCAACUUACAGAAUGAUGUUCAAGCAGUGCAGAUCUCCCUGCAUUUUGAGGUUCUCCACAUCCACCUGGCUCCAGCUGCAAGCACCUACCAUCACAGGAGCUUCUCAGUUGUGGCUGCGUUUGUCAUGUUAGCCGAAGGGUUCCUCACUAGGAUUGGUUACAGCCAUCAAAGGGAAUGUGUCCACCAGAAUAAUAAUGUAAACCCCAAAAGAGUCUCUAAGACCAAGAAUGACUCUUGGGAAAUGCUCUUCAGUUCGUCAGAGUUUUCAGAAAGCAUUGAUCAUGAGCAAUAUAACGCAGAGGAAAUCUUGGACAGCAAGAAGGAGCAAUCCCUUCCAUGCCAAAGGGAAGAGAAAGCAACAGCCAAAGCUGACAGAGUGCCCAUAUUUGAGAGAAAGGUCUCUGAUGUCUUAGACAUACCAAAGCCCAGUGGGUGCAGCGAAAACAAUUUGGAUUUGUAUCGAUCAUGGUCUCCCAUUUGCCAGAGUUACACAGAUUUACAGAUUGCAGGAGAUAAUAUAACACCCCACAGUCCAAGCAGCACGGGCUGCCUUGUGGAUCAUGGCUAUGAAAGUUGCAACCGGCCCAUCCUUCAGCUUGAGAACCAGUCCGGGUGGCCCUCUGCACCUGGAUCUGUGUAUGAAGUCUGGUCACAAUCAGGAACAGAAGCAAACUUGAACAGUGACAGAAGCAUCGCCCUUCUAAAAGAACCACUGUCCAAUUCUGUGCUCAACAGAUACAUGGAGCAAAAGGUGACAGAAUUGUACAAGCAAUACCUGGAGGACAGCAUGACCAAGUGUACAUCUCCAACAGAUAUAAUGGGCUCUCACUUCCUAAUGACCAACAUUGAUCAAAUUAGUCUGCAGAUUUCGCAUGGCAAUAAUAUGGAGCCCACAAAAGCUAAGGAUAUUGUUCUAAACUGUCUUUUUAGUGUUGCGUGUGCAACGCACUCAUCUGAUAUCUGUACCCCUAACUUGCAGAUUUCGAGCCAACAAACUGAAAAGCCAGCCCUAUGAUUUUAAAGAUACACAAUCCAGAUGACUUUUUUGGAGCGAUUUGUGAAAUUCACCCAGUAUCUAUAAUUAACAUGGAUGGAAUAUUGUCGAAACUAAACAGUGACAUUCAACAAUGCUAUUCAAUAAUGCCACAGGGUAUUAACCCAUUGAACAGAAACAUGCCUUCUGUCUCUAAGUUGAAUCCACAAUAAGCUGCUCAACCUGACAAUUAAUGAAGACUUUAUUUUCUUACUGUAGAUGUUUAUUUUGAUGUAUUGCAUUAAAUUGGAUUUUUCAAUGUGAACCAUCUCCUGCUGAAAUAAAUUCAGCCUAUUCGAUAACAGCUUAAAAUAAAGUG